AUGCACGAUGCGGUGUCUAGUUCGCACAGGUCUGAGUGUACUCGAUUCUUAUUCCCUUCGUCUAGAGACGCUCGGUCGCCUGUGGUGCCCUCAAACUUUGAAGUCGAGCCAUAUAAUCCUAGGAUAUUGGAUGACGCAAGACAACUUCAGGCGGUCCUUUCUAUAGUCCAUCAGCCCCGUCAAAGUGCUCCCUUUAUUAUAUUUGGCCCCCCUGGUACAGGAAAGACCGUAACCGUCAUCGAAGCAAUACUGCAAGUGCUCAAGUACAACCCUCAAUGGAAGGUACUGGCCUGUGCACCUAGUGACACCGCUGCCGACCUUCUCACUAGACGAUUAUGUUCCCAUCUGAGUGAAGACAAGUUGUUUCGUCUCAACUCCAUAUCAAGACCGAUCCACGAUUGCCCUAAAUCACUGUGGCCGUACAGCAACAUUAAUGGUCACAAUGUCUUCGCCUAUCUUCCUCGCGAAGAACUCAAGAAGUUCAGCGUUAUCGUGUCGACAUGCAGCUCGGCUGGCCUUGUUUCUGGUAUUCACCUUCCUCGAGGCCAUUUCAGUCAUGUGUUUCUAGACGAAGCUAAUCAAGCCGAGGAACCAUUGGCGAUGAUUCCAAUAUUGGGCGCGGUGGGGUCCGAGACGAGAGUGAUUUUGGCAGGAGACACGAAUCAGUUGGGACCAGUUAUCAGAUGUCAUACCGCUGGGCGACGGGGAUUAAGGACCAGCUAUCUUGCGCGUCUACUGGCCAUCGGAGGAGUCUACGACGUCGAAAAAAAUCACGGCAGGACUAUUGUCAAGUUGAUACAGAAUCGCCGAUCGCAUGGGUCGAUCAUAGCGUUCUCUAACCGGUUCUUCUAUGAGGAUGAACUUCGUGCCAGUGCUCGUCGGGAGACAACGACCAGCUUGUUCGGCUCGCCCAUCCUUCAGGACCUGCAAUUUCCUCUUGUCUUCCAUGGAAUAUCUGGAGAAGGUCAACGGUCAGGACGGUCCCAGUUGUAUUAUAAUAAUGGCGAAGCUUCGCUGGUGAAGGAGUAUUGUCUGCGGCUUGUAAAGGAUCCUGCAAGACAUGUAGAACCUGCGGAAAUCGGUGUCAUCACGCCUUAUCGCGCGCAAGUGAAGAGGAUCAAGACGCUACUCUACGAGGCUGGCCAUGGCUUGGAACAAGUGAUGGUUGGAGCAGUGGAACAAUUCCAGGGACAGGAGCGCAGAAUCAUCAUCUUUUCUACCGUCAGAGGUCACGAAGGUUUGAGUCAACUGAGCUCGAUGGACCUCCCGACAGAGCGCUGUCAUUUAAAUGUCGCUCUUACUCGACCUCAAGCCCUCCUUAUCGUGAUAGGCGAUCCUUGCGUUCUCGGUAUGGACCUUAUGUGGCGCGCAUUUCUGAACUUCGUACACUCUCGCGGCGCUUGCACGGGCAAGCCGUUUAAUUGGAAUCACGAAGAGGUAGUGACACCUCCAGGCUAUGAGGAAGUCAGGCUCCAGGGUCAGGCCAUCAUCAGAGGAGAGGAAUUUGUAGACGGUAUCAGGUCGUCGAUCUUCAAGCGGCAGGGGAGUUAG